AAGUUCUUACUUCUGAAAUCCAUUUGCAAGCGUGGACGAGGCGAGUGGGACGAAAGAGCCGUCCUUUGUGUCACUGGCAGAAGGUGAACAGCUCCCAGCUACCAUCCCAGCUUUCCCGAGGCCCCUCCGUCUUGGUCUCCUGCUGCCGACUUGGUCUCCUGCUGCCGAGAAGCGCUGUCUGACUGAAACACUAACAAAGCUUCCCCAGAGCUGCAUUUGGCGAGAGGGUUCAAAGGUUAAAACCGCUUGCAGAACACAGCUUGCUAGAGAGUUCCAGCACUCGCGGCUUCAGGUGGCAGCACACAGUAAUUGUUCUGACUAGUCCCACCAAUAAAUCCUUGGAGACAAGAGCCAACUUCAACAGGGAAAAACUAGGCUGUCCACUUAACACACCCGGUCUCUGCCACCUAGCCAGAGGCAUCAGAAAGAUGAAGAAGCGCUAUUUGAUAGUUGGGAUUCUGACUGGCUUCCUGGUGGGCCUGGUCCUUUUCUUGGGGUUUUUCUUCGGACUGCGCUCAGCUCUGCAGCCCCCAGCGCAGGAUGGACAUCUCUACAAGAAAGCAGCUGUAGCCACGGAUGCUGGGCCGUGCUCAAUAAUUGGAAGGGAUAUCCUUCAGCAAGGAGGGUCUGCAGUGGAUGCUGCAAUUGCAGCUCUGCUCUGCGUGGGCCUCAUGAAUCCUCACAGUAUGGGAAUCGGAGGGGGUCUCUUCCUCACCAUCUACACCAGCACAGGGAAAGUAGAAGUCAUUAAUGCAAGAGAGGUGGCUCCAAAAAAUGCAUCCCUGGACAUGUUUGGGAACAACACAGAGCUCUCCCUUAAAGGGGGCCUGUCCAUUGCGGUUCCAGGAGAAAUUCGUGGCUAUGAAAUGGCUCAUAAGCGGCAUGGCAGAUUGCCAUGGAAUAGCCUGUUUCUGCCCAACAUCAAGCUGGCGAGAGAAGGGUUCCCAAUUGGGAAAGCUCUAGCAAAAGUCAUCAAGUCAAAAGAGAAAGCGAUUGAAAGCAACCCCUCACUGUGUGAAGUGUUCUGCAGAGGAGGAACGAUCCUACACGAGGGGGAUGUCAUCAAGAUGCCCAAACUAGCAAACACCUAUGAGACUUUAGCCAAUGAGGGAGCAGAUGCCUUUUACACGGGGAGUCUGGCGCAGCAAAUUGUCAAAGACAUCAGGGAGGCAGGGGGCAUCAUUUCAAUGGAGGACCUAAGAGACUAUACUCCAAUCCUGAGUGAAAAUCCUUUAAACAUCACAAUCGGGGAGUUCACCAUGUACACACCCAGUGCCCCCGUGAGUGGCCCGGUGCUAGCACUCAUCCUCAACAUACUGAAAGGAUUUAAUUUCUCCAGUGACAGCAUCACGACCAUGGAGAAAAAGGGUCUGACUUACCACCGCAUUGUGGAGGCCUUCCGCUUUGCAUAUGCCAAGAGGACUUUACUGGGAGACCCAGCAUUUGUCAACAUUACGGAGGUGAUCAGGAACAUGACCUCUGAGUUCUUUGCAGAUAACCUACGGGGGAAAAUCAAUGACAACACAACCCAUACAGUCGACUACUAUGAGCCAGAGUACUACACUCCAGAUAAUGCCGGUACAUCCCAUCUCUCCGUCGUGGCUGAUGAUGGCAGUGCUGUGUCCGCCACCAGCACCAUCAACCAAUACUUUGGCUCAGAAGUUCGCUCCAACGUGAGUGGAAUCAUAUUUAACGAUGAGAUGGAUGACUUCAGUUCACCUUACAUCAUCAAUGGCUUUGGAGUCCCUCCCUCUACUGCAAACUUCAUCGAACCAGGUAAACGGCCCCUGUCCUCCAUGUGUCCAUCAAUCCUAGUGGAUAAAACAAAUAAGAUCAAGAUGGUGGUUGGUGCCUCUGGAGGAACAAAAAUCACCACAGCAACAGCACUGACAAUCAUCAAAUCCCUCUGGUUCGGGUACGAUAUGAUGAAGGCUGUGGAAGACCCUCGACUUCAUGAUCAGCUGUUUCCCAGUGUCACAGAGCUGGAGCAGAAUGUAGAGCAGGGCAUAGAAGUGGAACUAGAGAAGAGGAAACACGAUAUCAAGAGGACUAACAGUAGUGCCGUCGUCCAGGCCAUUCUGCAGACUGCUGAUGGCUGGGCUGCUGUGUCUGAUUCCCGGAAAGGUGGCUUCCCAGCAGGCUACUGAACUCACUCAAGUUGCUCUGACAGCCUGCUGCUUUGCGGAACUAGCAACCAGCUUACAUGUGGGGAGAGGGAGGCAGGGAAUACUUGAGCACUGCAACUCAGGGACUGUCACAGGAAAGAAUGAAUUUGCCUGUGGUUCUGCUAAUAGAUCUGGACAGAUGUUUUUGAGGGCCAUUAUUGAAAAGUGCCUUUCAACAGAUCAGUGUGCUAAGAAAAAGCACAAAUCUCCCAGAAUAUACAGCACCUACCUAAAGGGUCUAGUCCCUACUCCUGCUCACCAGGGAUUGAGUGCACAGCAUUUGGAAGGUCCAAAGCCCCAGCUGCAGAAACUGUUCCUUUAUUUUUCAGCUUUAUCCAGCCAGUGGCUGUCCUUGCCUGUCUUCUAGCAGUGACCGCAUUCCCAGGAGAAAUGUGUGAUGGCGUGUGAAUGGGAUGUAAGGUGCUGGCCACUCUACACUGUAAACUAGUACAUCUGAGCUACAGUCUGAAGAGUGAUUGGGAUAACUCUUCUCCACAGCCUCACCAAUUUUUUAAGACUAUCGUCUUGCUUCUCAUUUCAGGAGUUUGAGGGAUGAUGGGGUAGCUGAAGAAGUGAUGGUGCCAAUGUCUUUUGUUUGUUUUUUAUCUGUUCAAAAGCUGUAAAGGGAAGACAGAGGCUACCUGUUUAAUUUAUGCUGAAAAAGAAUUACAGGCCUAUGGAGGUAAACAUCCCUGCUUUCACCUGUACAGUACACGUGUCCGCAAGGAACCAGGAGGCUCUAUAUGACUGAGGCUCUGCAGCAAUUUGGCUCCUUGGUGCAACUCCUUCACGUCCCAGAGAAUAGGCACAUCUAUCUACCCCCUUAUCUAUGAUGAGUCUUCCCUUCUCCCUGCACCCCAAUUUGUCUCUCACGAUUAUCCUUUCUGACAGCAUGCAAGAGUCCAAGGGAAAAAGGAAGGAAGCAUUUAAAGCUGAAUAUCAUAGUAUAAACCACUGCCACCCAGGGCAGCAUGGCAUCUUGUCUUUCAGUUACAAAGCAUAACUUCUGAGGGGUCAGUUUGGUUAUAUCACUUUGAUGUGGUGUCUAGAAGGUGAAAAAAGAAUAAGGGGUGGGGAGGUGCAGGGUGCCCAUCCUUAAACUCCAAAUUUGAUGCAGUUGAAUACAUAGAUUUUUCUUUCUUACCUGCCACUUACCCCAAAGACUUGAAUAUUGCAGAAGUUGUGUCUUAGAUGAGUGUGAAGCUGUGGUUUCAGCCAAGUGUCGCCCUUGAACUUUUGAGUUGCUUGCGACUUUCAGCCAUCUUUAUAACGGAAAUAAGAACAUUCCCCACCUUCAGAGCUCGGGUUCAUUCAUUUGGAUUUGAGAUGCAAGGUGGGUAAAUAAGGCCCAAGCACCCUCGCUGCCUACUGAAGUCUCCCCACCGGGAAACCCUGUGAAACUGGCAGCCUGCUCCUCUCUCCAUUGUCUGUUGGAGUUGGAUGAAAUCCAAGAACUCAAAUAUAACUGGUCUAAACAGGAUUUUAAAAAUCUAUUCGGUUGCAAUAACUGGUGGCAUUAGUAACAUAAACAAGACUGCAUUGAAAAUGAAUGUUAACCUGAAGUAGCUCUCUAAAGAACAAGCUCAAGUAUUUGUUCACCUGUAUUUUAAAACAAGCAACCAAAAACAAAAUCCACAAUAAAACAACUAAAUGAAAGUCAGGUCAUUCAGAAAGUAUACCCCAAAGGAUUUUGGAGCACAAUGGCAAUUGUGUUCCUAAAUCCUUUAGGUGUGGAGCAGGUCAGGAACUGACUUUUUCCUUCGAGAAUUUCUGAUGAAAACAAAUGUUUUCAUCAAUUGUUGCUGAAAAUGCUCAGAUUUUGCAGUUACUGAAAUUUAAUUUCUUAAAUGUUUUGGGAUGAAAACUUGCUUUUCCAAACUCCUUUUUUUAAUGAAAAAUGUCAGUUGAAUUCAUUUCCUGUCCCAUUCUAUAUAGGUCCUUUGGCGACAGGGCAAGAUUCUCAAACUUCUUCCACAGUAUGUCAAGGUUUAGCUGUCACGGUGUUGCUUUGAUAAUACAGAAACCGCAAUAUGAGUUAUUUUCUAGCUGACAAACAAGUGCCAAAGUAUGGCCUUCAAAGAUUUGACCUGAGUUGCACUGAUUGUUUAAAAUAAAUAAAUAAAUCCAUAA